AAUUGAGUGUGUGAACGCCGAGAGUCAACACGUAAUGCGGGUUUUAGUUGUGGUUUAGCCACUCAAUGGCAUUCAAUUGAACCACUGUGUUUUUUUUUUUCUAUUCAACAACCAAUUGUUGGGGCAGAUGGAAGAAUUUCCUCAGUGGUUUUCAUUUCUUCAUCAAGUGAACUUUUCCGGGAGAUUCUGUUCACAAGACUUUUUUUUUCUUCUUCAAUUCUCUCCAAAACACAACUUGUGACUUGAACUAAACUUGCGGUAAAGGAGGUGAAGAUGUACCAGACGGAAAAGUAGUGAGUCAGCCAAAUAAACAUAAGUGGGUGGUGAACAUUUGGCCUGUGGCUUGGAAGAGAAGAAAACGGUUCAGAAUCAGAACUUUCUUUCAAUUGACUCGAACACCGGAUGGAGAAAAUUGAUUAGACAUAAAAGUGCAAGUGAAUGUGAUUCACCCUACAUUGGGAUUCUUGUGUUCUUUUUCUUUCUUCAUCCAUUUUAUAUGAGAACGAAGUGUAGAAGAGUCAGAGUAAGAAGUGGAAUAAUUUUUAUAAACACUCAUUCUGUCUUGAACCGUGUUUUCGCGAAGAAGUGCGACGAAAAAAAAGAGAGAAAAUUAUACGACUUUGCUGAUUCUCAUUUCACGAUCAAACACCUCGAAUCGACUUGAAGUGACAUAGUUUUUUUUUACUUGUCUCUGCAUUUAAAAGUGUUUUAUUUUUUUCUAACUUUAAAAGAAAUAGUUCUUUCUUGAGGUUUUAUUGUGAUAUACAAAGAGGAAAAUUUUAUCAGUGAGUUGCUGCAAUGAUAAUUUAGAGAGGAGAAAUUCAUAAAGUGUAACAGAAAAAAAGUGAUUUUGUGUGCAAGUCGAAAUGCUACGAGAACAGAGAUUUCGACUUUGUGACACCAUGGCCUCGAUAUUGGUAAUAAUUGGAGUCAUUAGUGUAUGUGUUCACGUACUGGCUACGGAACUGGAGGGACCUAAUGUCUGCAAGAUAGAAAAAGAUGAUGUUAUUUAUAUCACGACUGUUGAAAAGCAGGCAUAUCAAGAAAUGGUUAAUGAGUGGUGCUGGAAUGUUCCACCGAGAUGUUCAAAAUACAAAAUAAAAUUCCGGGAUGUUAAUAAAACACAGCCAAUUGUCAAGAAGAAAAUUGUUAAGGAGUGUUGCAAGGGUUAUGGAGUAAAUGUGGCCGGAAAUAGGUGUAUUCCAACCUGCACGAAUGAGUGCAAGUUUGGCGUUUGUCUGGCGCCAGAUGUUUGCAAAUGCGAACCAGGAUAUGGUGGUCCAGCAUGUGAUAUCAGCUGUCCACCCAUGACAUGGGGCAGGGAUUGUUCCAAAAAGUGUGAUUGUGAAAGUGGUGCAACGUGUGAUCCCUACAAUGGGAAGUGCAAGUGUGGGAAGGGUUUCCUUGGGACACGAUGUGAGGAAAAGUGUCCCCAAGGGAAGUACGGUGAGGGAUGCAGUGAAGUGUGCCGAUGUGAAAAUGAAGGAGAUUGUGAUCAUAUAUCCGGAGAAUGUAUUUGUCAGCCAGGAUGGACAGGACCACUCUGUGACGAACCUUGUCCAGAAGGAAUGCAUGGUAAUCAGUGUAAGCAGGAGUGUCGAUGUCAAAAUGAUGGAAAAUGCAAUCCCACUGAUGGGAAAUGUGACUGUCCGCCUGGUUGGGUUGGUAGCGUCUGUGCCAAUCGUUGUCCUCCGGGAACUUUUGGCGCCAAUUGCUCCCAGAACUGUGAAUGCUUCAAUGGUGCUUCGUGCCAUCAUAUUACUGGGGAGUGUGAGUGCGCUCCUGGUUUUAUGGGCACCAAGUGCUUAGACCCAUGUCCUAGUCAUCGAUAUGGUAUUAAUUGUGCUGAAGAUUGCCAUUGUAAGAAUGGAGCACAGUGUGAUCCUUCUGAUGGACACUGUAGCUGUACUCAGGGUUGGACUGGAGUAGAUUGUGAGGAGAGGAUAUGUGAAGAGAAUAAGUACGGAGAGAACUGCACACAUACAUGCGACUGUCAUAAACACAAUACAGAAAUUUGCCAUCCAUGGACAGGAAAGUGUGAUUGCAAGCCUGGUUGGAGUGGUGAAUUCUGUGAUCGUCCGUGUCCCCUUUUGACCUACGGACGCAACUGCCAAUUAUCCUGCGACUGCAAAAAUAGCGGUCAGUGUUCCAAUAUCAAUGGCACGUGCUCCUGUGCGGCUGGAUUCCGCGGUGAGCACUGUGAAGAAUCCUGUCCAGAAGGGUUUUAUGGGCAGGACUGUGCACAAAAGUGUGUAUGUCAGAAUGGGGCGAAAUGUAACUCGGAGACUGGUCAAUGUUCCUGUACAGACGGAUGGCAGGGUCAUGCCUGUGAUCGACCCUGUACACCGCGGGAGAUCAAUAAUGUCCUCACCUAUUUCUACGGCGAGGGUUGCAAUAAAAAGUGCGAUUGUCGCAAUGGGGGUGCUUGCAAUCCUCAAAAUGGCACGUGCACCUGUAGCCCUGGAUGGGAAGGUGAUAAUUGCGAGAAGAAGUGCGACAAUGGAUUUUUUGGGCAGGAUUGCGAACAAAAGUGCGAAUGUGUGUUGGCCAACACGAGGAAUUGUGAAGCAGAGACUGGAAAAUGUGUCUGCAAGCCUGACUGGGGAGGUGUUCACUGCGAAACACAAUGUCCAAUGGGAACAUUCGGUGAGCAAUGUCAGUUCAGCUGUACCUGCAUGAAUAAUUCCUCAUGUGAUCCAGAAACUGGAGAAUGUGUCUGUUCCAGAGGUUGGACGGGUUUUGAGUGCCGGGAACCCUGUCCACAGGGUUUCUAUGGAUUGGGAUGCAAAGAGAAGUGUCCAACUUCACUGCAUGGCAAUGCGACUUGUGAUCACAUUACAGGGGAGUACAAAUGUCGUCCGGGCUAUAUGGGUUUGAUGUGCGAACAUCCUUGUCCUGUGGGCUCCUACGGACCUCAGUGUAGCCUCAAGUGCAAUUGCUUCCAUGGUGCUGAAUGUUCACACGUUACAGGGCAGUGUCAGUGUGUACCUGGCUGGACAGGAUCCAAUUGCAAUGAGCCGUGUCCAGACAACUACUACGGCAGCAAUUGUGCCUUCCAGUGCAAGUGCAGCAAUAAGUCCAAGUGUCGUAAAAAUGAUGGGACUUGCAUCUGUGAUCCUGGAUUUAUGGGAGCCAGGUGCGAAGAUCUCUGUCCCGAAGGAUUCUAUGGAACGCACUGCAUGGAGCUAUGCAAUUGCAAGUCUGAUAAAUUUGUCUGUCACGCCGCCCAUGGAUGCGUCUGUCGGUCUAAUUUCAAAGGAACCAACUGCGAUAUUCCCAUCAUUGCUGGACCAGAAACCAUAAGGGCAGAAGAGACAACUUCGGCAAGUUUAGUUUUUGGAAUUGUCGGUGCCUGCAGCCUCAUUGUUUUGGUAUUUAUUCUGCUGUUGCUGUACUACAGACGUCGUUUGGCGAAUUUACGAACAGAAAUUAUGGCUGUUCAGUAUUCAACUGAUCCACAGGCUUUUCCGGAUCGGCAUCAUUUUGACAAUCCUGUUUAUGCUUUCCAAGGGCCACAAGAUAAUAUUCGAUUGCUGAAUAAUCUGGUGAAACCAUCGAGUGUCAAUCGGUGCAACGAAACUGAUUCAACAAUUAGCAAUGGAAGUCGUGCUGGAGCAUAUUCCAUCAAUUAUGCCUCGGAUAUGUCUCAGAAGAACUUCAAUGCUGAUCUCACGAAUCCCAAUAUUUAUCACAGCAUCGAAGAUCCAACGAAGGAGGAUCAUGUUUAUGAUGAGAUCAAGCAUAAGGAAGAGUACAAGGAUAUCGAAAAGGAAUAUGAUCAUCUGGACUAUGCACGUCCAGGCAGUUCAUUUAAGGCUCAUUAUCAUCGCAUGGCGAAUAGUUUGAGUCCUCCAAAGGAGACUAAUCUCCCCAAAGUCAGCAAUAUUCCCAAUAGUCAGCCCCCUCAGUCUACAUCAAUUGACAUCACUCCUCCUGCCUCGGACAAUGUAACAGAUGAAGAGAAAUCGGAGAAGAAUGAUUAGGUAGGAAAAAGAAAUGGUUGAAGUAGUAGAUAGAGUUCCCAGUAGUCGAAAUGACAAUAUAUCAGCCAUGUUUUUUUUUAAUGAGUGAAUUUAAAUAGCAAAACUAAUAGUUUUUCAUUUAUUUUAAAAUCAUUUGACUGCGUCCUUUUUGCUCAAUAUCAACGGAUUUUUAUUUUUACAUUAACAGAGUAUUGUAAUUAGUUACGCAUCAAUAUCGUACAGUCAAGUGCCAACAUUUUAUUCUCAGUCUUGUGUUUCAUUUUUAAACGAUGCUGUUUAUUAAUUAUAAAAAAAAAUGUCAAAGGCAUUGUAAAGUCGAAAAUAAUGGAAUUGUUGCAGAAAUUUGAGUAUGAGUAACGUAAGUCUCUAAAUCAGACAAAACAUUGUGUUUUCAGUAAGAAAGUUGGUUGUCAAAGAGCUAAUAUGAAUUAUGACAGAUCGUUUGCAACUCUUCUUCACUUUAUAAAACCUUUACAUGACCGGAAUGAAACUGCACUUUUUCCAAAACACUUUUAAAAUGGUUUUUAUUGGCGUGCCAAUAAAUUGAAAACUGUCCGAACGUAGGGUAAGUGUGCCAAAUUUCGGCAUAGUUGCAUGCAAGCGUCAAAGUCUCAAGUUUGAAAUGUAAUAUUUUAAACACAAAUUGAUUGUUUUUAUUCUUUCUUCUGAAAGAGUGUUGCUUGGAACCUUGUAAAAAGUUUACCGUCUUUAUUUAUUCUAAAAUCAUUCUUAAUACAUUUUAAAAUGAAUAAAAAUAUAGACAUAGCUUUGGUGCCCUAUUUCGUCCACCUUCAUUCUCAUAGUUCCUUGCCCUUCGGGAAUUCUUCCAAUAUCUUUUUCACGUCAUCUCGUUUGUCGAAGCUACAUUUCUUGUUAUUCUUUUGCAUUGUAUAAUCUCUAGAGUACGUAAAAUAUAAAAGUUCAUGGAAAUUCGAGGAACAAAAAAGGCGGCCGAAAUUGCAAGCUGGCCGAAAUUUGGCACACUUACCCUAGUCUUUCGAUAUACGAGACGAAUAACAGCAAAAGGCUUUUUUUCAGCAAUUUCUCACUUUGGUAUUUUUUAGUGUUACCCUUAGACUGCAAAAUGCUCCUUUUGAUGUUCCUUAGUCAAUUUUGGUUGACGAGCGAUUUAUUUGAUAAUGACUAGUCCUGUUGGAACGUCCACUCCUUCUCACUAAAAUGUUUGUGUUACUCACGGCAUCAGAACAUUGACGCUACGAUCCAAAAAUACCUGUGGAGAGCGACCGUAAGCCGUUACAGCAGCUGAAACUAUCACAAACGCUAGUGCGUGAUGCUCCACGCUGGUCAUUGAAAUGUUCAAAUUAUAAUGUGACUUUUGUCUUAAGUUUGUUGGGAAACGUCUAAUUCUUCAUCAUCAUUCGUCUUUGACGAGAGUGCCAAAACUUGUCAGAGGGUCAUUUAUGGGUCUCAAAUCUGAAAUCCGUUUGUCCGGGUCACAUCUAGAUUUUUUGAAAUAUGCAUUUUUAGUUUUUUGCUGUUUUCUAAAAUUCAAAAAUUUAUAUCUCCGGUCCUAUUAGGUGAGAUUCUUAACAAUCUCACCUACUUUUAUCUGGUGGUAGUCACAUAAAGCUAAAAUUAUGCGUAAUUUCAUCCUCUAUAACUCUUGUGAACAUAUCAAGAACCUACGAUGAAAAUAAAGUAUAUUUUUUUAAGAUUAUUUGAAAAAGUGAACCCAAAAUUGUGCAUUUUUCUAUGUUUUUUCGACCUUAAAAUAAUUCUCCCAUUUAAAUAGAACAUUUUAUGCGCCAAUUACUAUACGUUUAUUAUUAUUAUUACGGAAAUUAUUUCUUUCAUUCCCAAAAAGAACAAUUUUGGAAACGGACUUUUAAAUUUUUGUCUUUCAGUCAACUCAUGUGGCACCCAUUUUCCUUCAUUUUGAUUUCUGCUCAUUCAUUUAGACCUUUGAAAAUACUUUAGUGAGUCAAAGUUAAUGGCUCCGAAAGGUAAUUUCGCCAUAAGUAAGUGUGCCAAAUUUCGGCAUUGUUGCAUAUAAGCACCGAAGUCCUAAGUUUGAAAUGCAAUAUUUUUAAUUCAUAUUGAUAUUUUUUGUUGCUUCCUUUUCGGGAAGGUUGUGUGGAGCCUUGAAAUCUAGUUUAUCAUCUUUGUUUUCUUUAAAUCACUUCCUAAAAUACUGAAAAAUGAAUAAUAAUAUGGACAUUGCUUUGGGUAGUAUUCGGGCCACUUUGAGUGAAAUACCGGCCACCUUUUUUCUGACCACCUUUUGUGACGCAACGGAUAGAAAAUUUCAAAACGUCAAACGGAACGAGUUUAAUAUUUAGUUUAAUACGUUUAUAUGACCCACAAGCCCUGAGAUCUUCCGUGUAAUUUGUCCUGAAGACUUGAAGUGUAGCAUCUCAAAUUUACGCGCAGAUUCCCGUAGCAAUUUGCCCUUCCUGAACUCUUCCAAUGCCUUUUCCACAUCAUCUUUUUCAUAGAGGCGAUGCUUUUUUUCUCUGGACACUGUAGAACUCAGAAAUUGAAAAAAAAACACAAAAUGAAUAAGAAAUUUAGGAAAGCAAAAGAUGUUGCCGGAAUAGGCAACAUUACCUCAUCGAAGAGACGCUCACAAAGUAUAGACUUUUUUACGCGAAAUACAGGAUCCAGCUGAAAAAUUUUACCAGAAAUUUAAAGAUUGAUUCACUAUUAACCCAUUCCUUACCAUGGUAUUAUACAUCAUACGCAAAUUGAAUGAUUUUAGAUGAUUUAUUCCCGGGCAAUUUUAAUCCGAAUUGCUGUCGGGAAUGGAUUUUUAGUAAUUUUAGUUGUUCAAUUUCUUGAGAAAAAUAGUGCGGCAGAGGUUGUAAUACAUUUUGUUAUUGUUUUCUUGCUUCGCGGAAGGUCAUGCAACAUUUUUGCUCAAAAUGGAGGACGGAAAAUGCGACAUUCUGUCGAAUUUGUUAAAAUUGGCCUCUUUCCUCUUUCCUGAUUUGAAUUCUAGUUGCCAAUUUGUUUUCUUGGGUAGUUACUCUAUCUAAAGCAAUAGAGUUUGUAAUGAAUUAAUGCACAGAAUUUAAAUUCAGUGACCGUUAAGAAGUGUGUUUCAGGGCGCAUCCCCGCGCCCCCAUAAUAGAUAAUUUUUUUUCUUUUCAAAAAAUUCAUCUAUUAAUCUGUAGGAAACUAAUCAUAAAAUAGGAACAUUCUAUCUCAAGUAUUUCUGGUACAUUGACUGAAUGGGUUAACAUAAACAGAAACAAUAUUUAAUGCAAACUAAUCAAUUUUCAUGAAAAACUCCGAAGGAAAACCCCUUGCAAUUCACCACAAAUCGUAAGACUGCUAGAAACACAAUCGAUCUGUCACAUUUUUUAUAAGGCUCUUUCCACACUGAGUUUUUACAACGCAAUUUAAAUUCAAAUUUUACCUAAAAUUGAACGGUCUUUGUGUUAAUACAUCCUAAAAUGAAUAAAUAUUUAAAAGCAAAAUGAAUUCAUUGACUAUUCGAAGAUAACAUUCAUAAUUUUAAUUUAUUUAUUUCCAUGGCCGAAAUUAGAAGCUGGCCGAAAUUUGACACACUUCCCCUAUCUCUCAUGCAGAUCGGCUCUAUUAAUUGUUUUUGGUCUUUUUGUCCUGUUCUUCGAAAUCACUAAUUCUGAAAUAUUUUAACCAAUUUUAACAGGUGAUUUCCGAUAGUUCAAUGUAGGCAUCUUUAAAUUAAAGUAGGUGAGAUUGUUAAGAAUCUCACCUAAUAACGUGCUUUAUUCAAUUUUUUCUCAAUUUAAAGUGCUAUAAUAGUACUUCUUGCAAACACAUCCUGUUUUUUCCACUACCUUUUGAGAUCCGGCAAGUCUUCAGUUGACUGAGCCUUCUUCCUGAGAUCAGUCUUCAUAAUUCCCCAGUAUUUCUCAAUCGUACGAAUUUCCGUGGUACAGGAUGAGUUGAACAUCUUUCCCACCGCCUUGGAAUUCUCUGAGUGAGAAGAUGAUCGUUAGGUUUCCGCGACCUUGUUUUAGUACUUUGACGCUGUUAUUCGGCCAGAUGGAGAGCAGCCUAAGCUUUGUAGGUUAUCAAGCCAUUCCUUUUCUUCAUUUUAUGGACUAAGUUCCAAGGUAUUCCCAUCUUUUUACCAACAUCUUGCAAGGAAAGAUUAAGCUGCUUCUCGAAAAGCUCAAGCACAUUCUUUUCUAUCCUCUUGUCCUGAAACAAGUCAGUUUUCCCUGGGCUUCUGAGCAUCAGUCUAAUACAAAUUGAAUUUUUUCUUACUUCUUUUUAAGGGCAAAAAACAAACGAGCAGUAAAAAAUUCUAAAUGGGCAGUAAAAAAUUAAAAAUGAGCAGUAAAAUAUCUAAUUAUGGUCAGUAAAAAACUUAAAUCUUUACAAAAAUGGGCCUAAUUUAUAUAUUUAACAUUUAAAAUUGUUGCAGAUAGAAUGAAAAGCCCUUUAUUUUCCCUUUGCCAAAAUUUGGACGAUAAUUUCACUGUUUCAAAUUUUUUUGUUACUGAUCAAUUUUAACUUUUUACUGCUCAUUUAUUCAAUGCCCUUUUUAAGGAUUGCUGCUUAGAAUAUUGUAGACAGUUUAACGUCUUCAUUUUCUCUAAAAUCAUUCUUAACAUAUUUUAAAAUGAGUAAAAAUGUAGACAUAGCAUUGGUGGCCUCUUCCAGCCGCCUUCAUUCUCAUAGUGCUUUACCCUAUAUAUAUAUCAAAUAAUAUAAAAAUUUAUUUAAUUUUUAAUAUUUAAAAGGAAGGAAAUCCCAUAUGUAAUUUCUUAUAGUCAAAAAUGGUUUUUAAAAUAAAGUUUUGCAAAUGAUCUGAUAAGGUAUAGAAAAAUUGAACACAGUCACAGAGCCAGUAAUCCAAUAAAUUAUUUAAAACAAUUUUAAGGAAAAGCAAUAUUUUAAAAUUGCAUCUUAAAAAUCAAUAUUUCUUAAAUAAUUUUUCAACUUUAUUUUCUAAAAAUCAACUUUACAAUGCCAAUUAUCUGCAAUUUUUCCUUAACAUUUUUGUAUAUAAAAUGUCUGAUAGUCUGUAUUAUUUUAGAGAUGCAAUUAUAAUAAAAACAAAAAUUUAAAAUGACACAAAAAAUUAUUCAGAGCCUAAUGAAAUUGCUCAAGAAUCCAUGUUAUUAAAAAAAGAAUUGUUCCAAAUUACAAAAAAAAAAUUGUGAUAUUACACGUUGAGGAUUGUGCGAAGGGCAUAAGCUCUUCUCAACUGAAAAAAUUAAUUCAAUUUUAGUAAUUACGUGUGACUCACAGGAAUUGCGCUUGUGAGACUUUUUCUCUCAGUAACUUUCUCUGGAAUAUAAGCAUUUUCUUUUUUCAACUCACGUCAAUAUAAAAUUCUUUUCUGAUUUUCAGUUACGGAUUAAUAUAAUUAUGAAGUGAAAUUCUGUGAUAUUUAUCAAUUUCACAUUUUAUCAUUUAAUCGUGAAUGAAAAGGGUUAAAUAAAAUGUUUUUUUUUGUGAAUUGUUGGCAAUUACGAUUUCUUUUUUCAAGCGCAAUUAUACCUCAAAAUUUACGAAAUUUUAUAGAAAUCAAUUUAAAAAAAUGUAAUACAUAAAGGGUUUUGAAGUUUGAAAAUUGAAUUGUAAAUUUUAUUAAAAGAAAAUUUUAUAAGAAAGACAAAGCAAAGGUAUGAGAGAAUUUUUAUUAUAAAAAAAAAUGUUUUUUUGUGUGAUUUUGCUUGUGUGAGUGUUGAAAUUCAUUAAACUAAUUGUACUAUUAAUUAUAUUUAAUUAAUACUCCGAUGUAUCCGAGUUGUAUACGUGUGAACAAGAAGCAGCGAAAAUAUUUUGCCGAAUUGUUUAAAUUGUCUCUUUUCGUGCAAUUUUUGUGUGUCGAAAUGAAAAGAAAGAAAAAAAGGACUAAAGGACCUUGCCCCCUAAAAACAUAUAUUUUUCUAUUAAGUGCUUCUCUUUAUUUAAAAGAAAUUUUUUAUGUAAGGUGUGCAUUUUUUGAAAAAUUGCACGAAGUAUAUAAUGUGAAAUUUUUAUAGGGUUAGAGUGUAUUUUACGAACAUUUUAUUACUAUCAUAGAAAUGAUAUAUUUUUAGAGUAAUUUUUAUAGAAUAAUUUUACUUUAAGUGUGAUUUGGAUCUUUAUUAUACAUUUGUGUGGUUGAGAAUAAAAUUUUAAAAAAUAA